CAGAACAAAAAGGAGUCACCGAAGGUCCCACUGUGAGAUGCUGUCUGGAAAAAUAGCUAUCCUUCUGUUCCAUCUGACAGGCUAUCACCCAGGCACAGCAAUGCUUGCUAGCAGCCUUAGAUAAGCUGCACAUGUUUUUGGGAGGAGGGACCUGGGCUCCUUACCUUACCCCAGCUGCAGACUUCUCACAGCGGAUGCAGGCUUGCAAUGUGAAUCAGACAGACUAGCCACACCAGCUAGGGGAUACAACAAGCUUGGAUCUGUCCUAUGUACUGUGAAAUCUGGGAAAGCAGGAAGGGGGAGAAACCAGACUGGAUUAAAAUGCCAUCCAAGAGGAAGUAUUUUAUUAACGACAGUGAGGACUGGGUUAUUACGCAUUCACUUUACGAAAAGUACCAGUGCAUUAGCCAACACUACCCACUUCUACUCAUUUUACUUUUUGUAGUGGGAUCAGCUUGUGUGACUCUCAUCGCGCUCUUCUUCGCAACAGGCCAAGUGCCUUCACAACAUCUUGCAUUAUUAAUCAUUGUGUUUUUGGCAUUGGGGAUAUUCUGCGUUCUCUUCGUGCUGGUAUACACCGAAUAUUUCGUACAGAAAUGGCUACAAGUAUUUUCACUGGUGAUUUAUGCAUGCCUCCUUGCCAUUGGAUAUGUCCUAAUUUGUGACAAAGGCAUUCAACCAUGGGAUCAGGUGCCCUUCUUCCUGUUCAUUACUUUCUCUGUGUACACCACACUUCCCUUGGGAAUGCGAGCAUGUCUGAUUGUCAGUAUUGUGUGCGGAACAUCCCACAUCAUUGUCAUUAGUAUUCUGUUGUCCGGUGAACGUCCCGAUUCCUUUGCCUUUCAGCUCAUCGCAAAUGCCAUUAUCUUCCUUUGUGGGAAUCUCAUGGGCGCUUUUCACAAAUAUCACAUGCAGGACGCUUCGCGUGAUUUGUACAGUUACACAGUGAAAUGUAUCCGGACCAAAAUGAAAUUGGAGCUAAAAAAGAGGCAGCAGGAGAGUCUGCUGUUAUCUGUGCUCCCAGUCUAUAUUUCGAUGGAGAUGAAACUAGCUAUUCAAGACCGGCUGAAGGAAAACUAUGACAAUCGGCAGCCGGACAAGAACUUUCACAGCUUGUAUGUGAAACGACACCAAAAUGUCAGCAUUCUGUAUGCAGAUAUUGUGGGAUUUACAAGGCUUGCCAGUGACUGCUCUCCCAAGGAAUUAGUGGUGAUGUUAAAUGAACUCUUUGGGAAGUUUGACCAGAUAGCAAAGGAAAAUGAAUGCAUGAGGAUAAAAAUUUUGGGAGACUGCUAUUACUGUGUAUCUGGUCUCCCUGUGUCUUUACCCAACAAUGCCAAGAAUUGUGUGAAGAUGGGGCUUGAUAUGUGUAAUGCAAUAAAGAAAGUAAGAGAAGCUACUGGCGCUGAUAUUAACAUGAGGGUGGGAGUACAUUCUGGACACGUACUCUGCGGUGUCAUCGGAUUAAGAAAGUGGCAGUUCGAUGUGUGGUCACACGAUGUCUCUUUGGCCAAUCGCAUGGAAUCUGCAGGAGUUCCAGGUCGUGUACACAUCACAGAAGCAACAUUAAAACAUCUGAAUGGAGCAUAUAAAGUAGAAGAAGGACAUGGUGAGGAAAGAGAUCCCUAUCUUAAAGAAAUGAACAUCAAGACUUACCUGAUCAUUGAUCCAAAGUCCAUGGAACGUCGCAGUCAAAACAAUCACAUCUCCAGACCGAGAGUGAACGAUGGUCUAAAGGUCAGACCAUCUGUAAGGAUGACUCGCUAUCUUGAGUCUUGGGGUGCAGCUAGACCCUUCUCCCACUUUGACCAUAGCGAGAACACAAGUUCUGAGAUGUUGGUCCCAAACGGAAAACCAAAGCCGGAAAUACCACUCCAGGGUGUCGGACGUCUAGCUAACACAGACCGGAAUAGCUCUCAGAAAAAGAAUCAAGAAGAAGAACUUCAUGAGCGAAUGAUGGACACCAUUGAUGGGCUCAGUUCUGCCAAACCGUGGUUUGGGAAAUCUGAUGACUUUUAUGUGUUCCUGCUCUUUUUUACUGCUGAUGGAUUGGAAAAAGAGUACCGCACGAUCAGAAUUCCAAAGAUCCGCAACUACUUCCUGUGUGCAGCUCUGGUCUUCCUUUGUAUAUUUCUGAUCCAAAUUCUGGUGAUGCCCAGGAGCUUAAAAUUGGGCGUCUCUUUUGGAGUGGUUUCAUUGCUGAUGUUCUUUAUUGUUCUCAUGUGCUAUGCAGAUAAGUGUGUGCAUUUGUGUGAUACAUCCAUCUCACGCGCUCUGUGUUCAGUGAUGGAGAAAGUUGAGACAUAUCCUUUGCUGAGAGUCCCACUCGCUACGCUAACUAUAGGAGUCCUGUUGGUAAUUGCCAUAAUCAAUCUGCCUCUUGAUCAGACAAUCCUAAACUGUAAUGACACCCUUCUGAAUACAGACUCUGGGUGUCAGAGUAUCCCAUAUUACAUUUACUGCUGUAUCUUGGCAUUCAUCGCUUGCUCUGUGUUCCUGCGGAUGAGCUUUGAGCUAAAGAUAAUCCUCCUGUCGGUUGCUUUCAUCGUCUACAACAUCAUCAUCUUUCACACACAUCCCAGCCUGUUCAAGAGCAAUUUAAAUGUAAACGGCAGUUUACCUGGAAUCUUGAAAGAUCUACAGACAAUGUCCUGUUUUUAUUUGUCCCUCUUCUUUUUAACAUUGGUUUUACUGGCAAGGCAGGUAGACUAUUACUCCAGGUUGGACUGUUUGUGGAAGAAGAAAUUCAGGGAAGAAGACGAGGAAAUUGAAACAAUGGAAAAUCUGAAUCGUCUUCUUCUAGAGAAUGUUCUCCCGGCCCACGUGGCUGCAUAUUUCAUUGGUGACAACAAGAUGAAUGAGGACUUAUACCAUCAGUCAUAUAACUGUGUCUGUGUCAUGUUUGCCUCAGUGCCGGAGUUUAAAGUUUUUUACACAGAAUGUGAUGUCAACAAGGAAGGCCUUGAGUGUCUGCGACUCCUGAAUGAGAUAAUAGCCGAUUUUGACGAGCUAUUAAUGAAACCCAAAUUUAGCGGCGUUGAGAAGAUUAAGACCAUAGGAAGCACUUACAUGGCAGCAGCUGGCCUCACCGCGACCCCAGAACAAGAAAAUAAUCAGGACCAGGAAAGGCAAAAUGCUCAGAUAGGAAUAAUUGUAGAAUAUGCCAUGGCCUUAAUGUUGAAACUUGAUGGCAUAAACAGACAUUCCUUUAAUAACUUUCGACUGCGUGUUGGCAUAAACCAUGGACCAGUCAUAGCUGGAGUAAUUGGAGCAAAGAAGCCUCAAUAUGAUAUAUGGGGAAAUACAGUGAAUGUUGCUAGCCGCAUGGAAACCACCGGGGAGCUUGGAAAGAUUCAGACAACAGAAGAAACAUGCCGCAUCUUAGAAGGCUUGGGGUAUGCCUGUGAAUGCAGAGGACUUAUCAAUGUCAAAGGAAAGGGAGAACUCAGGACAUAUUUUGUAUGUACAGACAUGGCCAAAUCCCAGACCACUGGCAUGAAUUAACCUGGUUUUAUCUGCUGCCUAAUUUUACAUGAAGAAAUCGAAUUGGACCAUUUCCGAUGCCACUGGCAAAUAGUAUUUAUUUGGUGGAGAAUCCUGUACAGGAUACAUAGGACUGGUUUACAAAGGUGACCUCUCUGUCUUACGCCAAGAAGACAGUAUUUCUGAAAGAAAUUAAGUUUAGUUGUGAAGAAGUAAAUACCAGGCAGUGUUUCAAGCUCUACAUUUAAAAAACAAAAACAAA